CAGAAAGAUGGCGUUGAUGAUGAAUUUGAACCAUAUCUACAUACACAGGAAAGACAGAAUAAUGGCUACACUGCCUUGUCAGACUCGUACCUUCCUAGUUAUUAUGGACCAGCCAUUGGUUUCUCUUACUCUAUGAAUGAUGCUGCCUGGUCUACUGGAGGGGACCCGCCACCAACCAUGCCUUUUCUUGCCUCUUAUGGACAGUUGGGCAGUGGUGAGCCCCACUUUUUGCCAGAUGCCAUGUUUGGACCUCUAAGCAGUGCACCUUUUUUGGGACAACCUGGAUUUAACUUUUUUCCUAGUAGCAUGGACUUUUCA